CAACAACGCAUUCAGAUACAAACAAAGAAAUUAAAUCAUUUCACUUCUUUAUUUUCCACUGCAGGCGGGCCACGACAAAAUUUUGUGAUUCUUCUCACAGAUCGCCUCGAACUAGUGAAGACGCUCCCACAAAUGGGCUGUACUGAUACUUUUGUUCAAGAAUCGCCAAGAACUGGCCAAACCAGCAUCUUGACUUCUCAACGAGUGUCUUCUUCAGCAUCUUUGAACCAUGCCACCAAGGCAACGGCUCGUCCGCCGGCGACCUCUUUCGGAGCGCAUCUCGGGCUGGCUUAAUCCUUCAGAUUUCCUUCUCUGGGCGUCAGAGGAGAUCAAAACAAGAGACCUGGAUGCCGCAUCUGUUGGCACCAAGAUUGCGGUUGGCGCAAACGUCGUUUUUCUGAUUGCGCGUGCCAACUACGGGGCAACGAUUACGGGUGACGAUGUCUUCUCAGAACCGCGGUUCAAUUGGGCUACUCUUUUUGCUAAACAAGUUGUCUGGGUUCUUGCACUGGGUUCGAUCAUCAACGCAUUGAGCCUAACGUACCAGAAACGCCACUACCGCCUCUUCGAAGCCAAUCUCGAGCAAAAGCCCGGAACCCCUUCAGCCCACCGAGUCCAAGUUCAGUCCUCGCCAAUGUCUUCAUCCCCCAUGCGGCUCCUGGCCGGUGCCCUGGGUUCGGAUUCAGCCGAGUCUCGAGCACACCCGGAUAAGACGCGGGACGUGUGGGAAAUCGCUGUCUGGGACCCAAUACCAGCCUGCCUCCAGGGAAUCAUCUACUUUAGCCCGAUCCAUGUGCUUGUGUACAUGUUUGCCCUGCCACUGGAUCCAAUGGAGAACAGGCCGAGCGUGACGGUGUUCAAGUCUCUCGUCAUGCAGGUCAUACUGUCUCUCAUGCUCCAGAUGCUACAGGUCAUGAAUGACCAGAGGCAGAAGGACGCGGCUCUCGUUCAACGCGAAGUGAUGCGUGAGUACGACACCAAAUACGUACACCCGCGCCUGCAUCCCUUGGUGCGAGAUGUGGGGAUUCAGACAGCAGCAGAGGGAGAUGAGGAUUUGGUCGAGACCGGUGUUGCGACUACUCUAAUCCGACGUGGAUUCCAGACCCACCCUAACCCCAACUACAUGAAGCAUAUUGACCCGGACAGUGUCGCCAAGCCAAAGGCACCGGCCGUUUCCAUGAGCUCACGCUUGGUCACACCGGCAUCUCGCAACAGAUACUCGGAUACAUUCGGGCUUGCGCAGCAGCCAUCCGCACGGCAAACUCGCCAGAGCAUGCCAGCUUUGGCUAGCACUCCUGUAUCUUCCACCUCGACGUCCACAGCAGCAAACCAGCAAGCUGUCAGCACGGGAACCAACUUUGGCGGCAGUCUGGGAGUUUUUACCCACGGCAACUCUCCUCUCAAAAAGGCCACAAGCCUGAACGAGAUCAACAACGCCGCAGGUUACGCCUCUCCCCGCAACUCCCGCGAGAUGGCGGCAAUGGAGCAGCGGGAAGCUGCAGAUCGUAUGCAGCGAAGAGAAACACCCUUGAAGCUUACGGAGACGGCCGAUGCGCCGGAACAGCAACAACACACUGGUUUCACCCCAGUACGAGGGUCGAAUCCUUUCGCCAAGGAUCGCGCCAGACGCUUCAAUAUGGAAAGAUAUCCUUCCAGGUGGUAGCUAUUAUUUGCCGGAAGUGUACGAUUCGAGAUUAGCAUAUCAUAUUGGCUUGGGUAUACAGCCACUUGUGGCCCAAUAAUAAUUUCAUUUGACAACCGUUUUGCCCAAGUGGCGGGUGUCUUGCAUUUAUUCACACCAUGGAUGCUCAACUUUUCUUAUGUUGGCGUAGCAGUACACUGUCUCAUUUCCUCUGGACCUUCUUUCA